CCAGGCGGGGCUGCUGCCCGGUGUCAAACUGAGCCGCCUCACAGCGCCCCGCUGCCGGCGGGGGGGGCGGGAGCUGGGGCUGCGCCGCUCCGGAGCAGCCUCUAGCAAUGCUUUGGUUUAGUUGCUCCUAGUUUCACUCGAAGAACACGUUUUCCCUAUCCAGUACUGCCCAGAGUUCUGUGACAUUUCGCUGUCAUCCAUUAAUGUUACAGCAAGAACAUCCUGAGUCCGUGGUCAGUUCUUUAGCAGUCUCUGAAACAGAAAUGGCUCAUUUGAGAACAGAAAGAAAAGGCUUGGGUCGUUGUUGCAUGUUCUGUGAAGUGAUGGGAGAGCUGUGUGGAAAAGUGGCUGAAGUAAAAGAAACCUCUAUCCUCCCCAUGCUAACUGUUGACAUGGAAAACAAGGAAAAUGGCACUCUGGAUGUCAAAAAUUCAGUAGAGAAUGGGAGACCUCCAGAUCCUGCGGACUGGGCUGUUAUCGAUGUUGUGAAUUAUUUCAGAACAGCUGGAUUUGAAGAACAAGCCAAUGUGUUUCAAGAACAGGAAAUUGAUGGCAAAUCAUUACUGUUGAUGACAAGAAAUGAUGUACUGACUGGACUUUCAUUAAAACUGGGGCCUGCGCUGAAAAUCUAUGAGUAUCACGUAAAACCUCUACAGACACAACAUCUAAAGAACAACUCUUUAUAGCAAAUUGUCUAAUUGGGGCCAUGUUGUGCCUCAAACAAUAAAUAAGCAAUUUGGUUUCAUGUGAUGGAACUUUGUAAAGAGAGAAUAUAUCUAUUAAGAAUUUAAACCAAAUUACAAUAUAUAUCCUAUUGGAUAGAGUUGGCAAUGUACUAUAUACUGAGUCUGAACUGAGAGAGGUAGUGUCUAUUUUUUAGGUAGUACAUAAUAAUUUCUCAUUUAGGAAGUAUCAGUGAACAUGUUGAGAUAGCUACAUCACUCUAUCAGCAACAAGGGGAAGGUAUGUCAUUUUCAUUUUUGAGCCAUACAUAUUCUUGAUUUCAUGAAUUGAAAUAACCAUGCCCCUUCAUCCCAAAUAAUGCAUAUUUGGGAGAGAGAAACCAGUUAAAAGAGGGUUUUGGUUACACUACAGACCUGCUAAAAUUGUUACUACUUAACAAUUUUAGGAUGGGACUCACACUUGCCAACUCACCCUUUUUUGCAGAGGGUCCUAUUUUGACCUUAUUAAGGUUUAUUUGUGGUAUGCUGCAAUGUUUAAAGCUGUACAUACAACUUAACAUAUCCCCUUCAGUACCAGCAGGCAUUGCUGACAGACGAAACUGGGUUGUGCAUUUUUGACCUUAUUAAGGUUUACUUGUGGUAUGUUGCAAUGUUUAAAGCUGUACAUACAACUAACAUAUCCCCUUCAGUACCAGCAGGCAUUGCUGACAGGUGAAACUGGGCUGUGCAUUUUUUGCUGUCCUUAAAUUUUCAGCUUGUUUUCACCUGGUUUUAGUAGUAGCUGUAUAUAAAGUACAGUUGGUUUUUAAAAUUUUGUGUUGUUUUGCCAAAGAAAAAAAGAAUAAUUUUAUUGCCAUUUUAAUUUAUAAUAACUUGUUUUCCAACAUUAUGCAGAAACUUGUAAAAAUAGUAAAAUUCUGCACAUUUUUAAUAUUGUCUGUCAUUGUUGUAAUGGUCCAUUUUUGGGGUUAUUUUAGUGCUUAAUGGUUUGAAUACUUGCUUUGAAAAAUGAAGGAAGCUGUCUCGUCACCAUACAUCUCUGUUAAAAGAGAGUCUUGUCCAGUCUGUUUGUACCAGUUCCCUAUUUGAUAGGUUGCUUGCUAUAUCCCAAUAAAGCAUUGCUUAUAUUUGGAUUCAGUUUACAGAUCUUUCACUUUUUCUGUUUCUUUGUUGUGGUGUAUUUGAGCUCCUGAUUUUCUUCUUUUUCCCAUUAAAAAGGUAUCCAAACCCA